AGGUGGAUGGUACUAGCCCUUGGGCAGGUGGAUGGUACUAGCCCUGGGCAGGUGGAUGGUACUAGCCCUGGGCAGGUGGAUGGUACUAGCCCUGGGCAGGUGGAUGGUACUAGCCCUGGGCAGGUGGAUGGUACUAGCCCUGGGCAGGUGGAUGGUACUAGCCCUGGGCAGGUGGAUGGUACUAGCCCUGGCCAGGUGGAUGGUACUAGCCCUGGCCAGGUGGAUGGAACUAGCCCUGGCCAGGUGGAUGGUACUAGCCCUUGGGCAGGUGGAUGGUAGUACCCCUGGGCAGGUGGAUGGUAUUAGCCCUGGCCAGGUGGAUGGUACUAGCCCUGGCCAGGUGGAUGGAACUAGCCCUGGCCAGGUGGAUGGUACUAGCCCUUGGGCAGGUGGAUGGUAGUACCCCUGGGCAGGUGGAUGGUACUAGCCCUGGCCAGGUGGAUGGUACUAGCCCUGGCCAGGUGGAUGGUACUAGCCCUGGGCAGGUGGAUGGUACUAGCCCUGGCCAGGUGGAUGGAACUAGCCCUGGGCAGGUGGAUGGAACUAGCCCUGACAGGUAAAUGGUACUAGCCCUGCUCUCCAAUCUGUGCCUCCAGGUUUCCUCCCUGAUGGUGUCUUCCCUUUCUGAUAACUAUGAGCUGUAAAGUGAAAUGAUCCCCCUCUUCCCUAAGUUGCUUCUGUUCAUGGUGUUUUUCACAUCGCUGGAAAGCAAACUAGGACAGGGUGCCUCUCACCGUGCUACAUGAAAUUUCUCUGUGGGUGUCUAAAACGAAAUGACCAUAUGCUACAUAAGCAGGAGUGUAGCUUUCCAAACAUGAAGAAGAAAGGCAAAAGCACCUGAAUACUUAAACAGAACCAAACAAAGCACUGCCUCCAAAGAAAACCAUCCCAAAUCCAGCCCCACCCCAAACAAACAAACAAACAAACAAACAAACAAACAAACAAACUUGAAAAGGAUUUUUAGUUGCUCUAAGUUUAAAAAGGGUAUGAUCCUGAUGUUGCUCAAGAGUCCAUGAGAUUGUAUUAGUCAGGAUAGGAUAGGGUGUACUUCAGUAAAAACUAACUCCCAGAUACCAGUGACUAAGAAAAACAACAACCUUUUCUUAUGCCCACUGCCAGUUGGUGACAUGCUAUCCAGGCUGGUGGAGGAACCGACAUUCUGAAUUGUUGGCCCCCAUAGUAGAAUUAUCUGUGUCUCCCAAACCAUAAAGGGGUGGAAAAAUCUCACUACCACUUGUUCCUGGAAGUAAGGACAAGAAGGACUAGGUGAAAACCUGCUAGCAUAACAUUAGUGCCUCCAAAGCCAGAGGGUUACAGCUCCUGUGUAGACAACUUGUGGUUUUAUAUCUGACUCGGGUAGACUUGCCAGGAUGAGAAGGUAUAGGUCAAAUGCCACAAUUCUCAUGCCACCGCCACAACCCCUUUGUCUCCUUUAUCAUCUCUGGAUUGAGAGAGAGAGAGAGGGAGAGAGAGAGAGAGAGAGAGAGAGAGAGAGAGAGAGAGAGAGAGAGAGAGAGUGUCAGAGUCACUUGGCACGUGACUCAUUUACUCUCCAGCUCCGUGCCUCUCCCAGUACAGAUGCUACUCUCAGGCAGGACCUGUCUGUCAGGCUGAGGCACCUCUGCACAUGCUGCAGCUGUCUGUGGGAGGAAGCACCCAGCACGGCGGUGGCCUCAGUUUUGGACGCUGCCAUUGGGGCUGAAGUGACUGCUCAGGACGUACAGGAGCCCAGUUGCUGAUCUGAAGGGAGACGACAAAGGGACCAGCUGAUGUUCUUCUCUCCAGCUGUCAGGGAAGAGGGCCAGUGUCCCCGAGAGUCUUGUUGACUAGCCACAAAGCAAGAACACCUGCUGCGUGGAAAACAAUGAUUCCUGCCCAUUGGUUGUACUGUUUGAUGCUUCUUUUGCCUAUAGAAUCCUGUAGGAUAUUAUGCCAGGCCUCCAGCAAAAGCAAGGAGAAGGUGACAUCCAGACCACAUGAUGUCUGUGAUGGUGUCUGUAAUAACAAUGGCACCCCCUGCUUUCAGUCUUGUCCUCCAGACAGUGAGGGCAACAUGAAAUUUGCCUGUAAGGCCAAGAAAUGGCACAAAGUCACUGAAACCUGCCACACUCUCAAUACCCACAGCAUCUUUGAGGAGGAUAAGGAACUAUAUUCAGUUCAAUCAUCUGAUUCAACCAUACGUACACACAUGUUUCAUAGAGAACUUAAAACCAUAAUGGAUACGUUGAUGGAAAAGUGUCCAAAGGAUUUGUCUUGUGUGAUCAAAGGCAUUGAGAGAUCUCCUCGGAUGCCAGGGAACAUUGCUGUGGUGGUGCAGCUCUUACACAACAUCUCAACAACUCUAACCAAAGACGUCAAUGAGGAAAAGAUGCAGAGUUACAGUGCCAUGGCUAACCACAUUCUUAACAGUAAAAGCAUAUCAAAUUGGACCUUCAUCCAAGACAGAAACAGCAGCUGUGUCUUGCUUCAAUCAAUCCAUUCAUUUGCAAGCAAGCUAUUUAUGAAGGAACAUCUCAUCAACAUAUCACAUGUCUUUAUUCAUACCUUGGGGACGGUCGUGUCCAGGGGCAGCCUUGGGAAGAAUUUCACGUUCUCAAUGCGAAUUAAUGAGACAAGUGAUAAGGUCACUGGGAGGCUACUGCUCAGCCCUGAAGAGCUUCAGAAGGUGCCUUCUGCUUUCCAGGUCAUCAGCAUUGCUUUCCCAACUCUUGGGGCCAUCCUGGAGGCCAGUCUUUUGGAAAAUGUGACUGUGAAUGGGCUCGUCCUGUCUGUCAUUUUGCCCGAGGAGCUUAAAAACAUCUCACUGAUAUUUGAAAAGAUCAGAAAAUCUGGAGAGAGGAAGUCCCAGUGUGUGGGAUGGCACUCCUUGGAGAGCAGAUGGGACUGGAGGGCUUGUAAAACGAUUCAAGAAAACUCCAGGCAAGCUGUUUGCCGUUGUCGGCCGAAUAAGUUAUAUACUUCUUUCUCCAUUCUAAUGUCUCCCAACACGUUGGAAAGCCCUGUUCUAACUUAUAUUACAUACAUAGGCCUGGGCAUUUCCAUCUGCAGCUUGAUCAUCUGCCUGGCCAUUGAGGUCUUAGUCUGGAGUCAAGUGACAAAGACAGAGAUCUCAUAUUUACGUCACCUGUGCAUCGCUAACAUUGCGGCCACCUUGCUGAUGGCUGAUGCGUGGUUCAUCGUGGCGUCUUUCCUCAGUGGCCCAGUACUACACCACAAUGGAUGUGUGGCCGCCACGUUUUUUGUUCACUUCUUUUACCUGUCCGUGUUUUUCUGGAUGCUUGCCAAGGCUCUCCUUAUCCUCUAUGGAAUUCUCAUUGUGUUUCAUACACUGCCCAAGUCGUGCCUGGUGGCCUCUCUGUUUUCCGUGGGCUAUGGGUGCCCUUUGGUCAUCGCCAUUAUCACACUUGCCGUUACAGAGCCUGGAAAAGGCUACCUCCGGCCCGAGGCCUGCUGGCUUAAUUGGGACAUGACCAAGGCUCUCCUGGCCUUUGUAGUACCAGCUCUGGCCAUUGUUGUAGUAAACCUGAUUACAGUCACAAUGGUCAUCAUCAAGACCCAGAGAGCUGCCAUCGGUAGUUCCAUGUUCCAGGAAGUAAGAGCCAUCGUGAGGAUCUGUAAGAACAUUGCCAUCCUCACACCACUGCUGGGGCUGACCUGGGGAUUUGGGAUAGCCACAGUCAUUAAUGGUCACUCCCUGGCCUUCCACAUUAUCUUCUCCUUACUCAAUGCACUCCAGGGCUUCUUUAUCCUGCUGUUUGGAACAAUCCUGGAUCCAAAGAUAAGAGAAGCCUUAAAGAGUCGAAUAACAUCUGCCAAAUGGAUCUCCAGAGUAUCAGAGGACUUUUCUUCUGAAUUCUCUUGUCAUCCAACCAAAGGGCCAAGCUAACAAAUUGGGAUGCACUCCUCAUAUGGGCGGUUGCUCAUUCCUGGAAUGGCAGUGCCCAAGGAAGCAUGCAUUUAAUUCCUGUCCUCUUGCCACUGGGCACUUUGAAGGAAACUUUCCACAUUGCAGCACCGAUGGAGGCAUGUGCAAAGCACGAAGGCCCCUCUCUUUAAGCUGUUCUGUGUUUCUAAUCAUGUCUUGCCCACCAACUGCAAAUCUAUAUAUGACACACUAAGCCUCCUCAAGGGACAAGAAGACAAAGUGGGACACAGCGACAGGAUCUCACAGGUGCCUCUAUCUUCAUACUGCUGCAUCACACUGAUCUUCAGGGCAAGAGCUCUGCUUUUCCUAGCCAAGGUGGCCUAGGAUGCCCUGUUUGGGAUUCUGUAGGAGGCCCCUGAAAAAGAAUCGCCAACACUUGCACUGACUCUAAGCAGCUCACCACUGGUUCUCGUUUAGAAGGCAUCCAUCUACCAGUACAUUCUAUCUUUUCAAUGUCAAAGGCAGUUGAUUAGAUGGUCAGCCUGGCUCGAACUUGGAUGCAACUUCUUUGACGGUGAACCAAGUGAAAACCAUAGAGUAUUUGAAUCGGACAUGAUGCCUGUUUAAAGAUGGGACAGAAGCCUGGAAUUGUGAGCCACAACUCUGCUGGAAUUGUGAACUGCAGCUCUGCUGUCCCUAGUCAACUCUAUUGGCUUUCUUUGCUCCGUUUUCUCUCCCAGAGCAUGGGGCCUCUGAGGGGCUUUCUGCUUACAUUUUCAGACCCGGGAGGUUUCUGAAACCUGGAUGUGGGAAAGGAAAUAUCAUAUUUCAAGUACAGUACUGUUCCAAGCUGUAUGUAAACAUAUUCAACAUUCAAAGCAGAUGUCACCCAACAGAGAACAAAUGCUAGUGGUGGUGAUGGUGGGGUAGAAACCCUUCCCAAAGCAAGCACACUGGCAGCUGCCCCUGAAGAACCACAGGGUCUAAAGACAAAGGGGCACAGACACACGGCCCAAGCCAUUCCAAGGAAGCCAGUAUUAUUGAUGUUCUAUUACAGAUGGGAGGCUAGGCAUGGUGGGAACUAUUAGAACCCCAACACUUGGGAUGCAGGGACUCAGAGAGCUGCUGUGAGUUCAAGGCCACCUUGGUUUAGUUUACAAGGUUAGUAGUAGACAGGACAAAGCUUAAGGGUAAGAUCCUGCCUAAUAAAGCAAUCAAAUACCCCUCCCAUAAAAUAAAUAAAAACAAAACAACAAAUAAAAUCAUAAGACACAAAUGGGAAGGGAGGCUCGAUCUGUGGGUGAGUAGCUAGCUCUCUUUCUCCUCCGUGUGUGUGAGAAUGUAUGUGUUGUUCAUGUGUGGGUGGUAUCUGUAUAUGCGUGGGUGUGCCCUAGAUGUUCAGGAGUGGACAUCUGGUGUCCUGCUCCACCACUCUCUGCCUUAUUCUUAGACAGGGUCUCUCACUGAACCUGGAGCUAGCCUGGCAGCCAGCCAGCCCCAGUGAUCAUUCUGAGUCUGCUGCCACCCACGGGCUACAGACAAGCAUGGUUGUCCCUGUAUUUUUAUGUGGUGUUGGGGGACUUGAAGUCAAGUCCUCAUGGUUAUACAAUAAGUCCUCUUACCACUUAGCCAUUUCCCCAGAUCACCCAUACCACAGUUAACAAAUCCAAAAAGAAAACUUCCUCUAAGUAGGGAAGGCUGAGAGGGUACAGGUACAGGGAAGACCAAUUAGAAGACGGGACAGGAUAUCCUAGCUGGGGAAGAGUUAUCCUUCCAGUGGGGUUGCUUAUGUUGGGACAGGGCAUCCCUUACAUGUGUCAGAGGCAGUUUAGCUAGCUACACGCCAGCAUAUCUCCUGAUCACUUUAACUAAAGAAGGUGGUGUAGACCCGGUGCUGCUGGCUUUUCCUUGGUACAGACACUGCAACAUCAUGAAGUAUCACUUGUUUACGGUCAGUGUAAUGAAGUCAAGGUGGAUGGUCUUGUAUAGCCAAAUGGGUGGAAGAAUGGACAUGUGUGAAGACUAAGUAAUGCACAGUGUAUGGAUGAGAAUUCGUGAGCACAGGGGGAGAGAGUGAGCACCAUCAUUUCUCUGUAUUCCGUGUUGAGCAGAUGUGUCUGGCUUGAAAGCGUUCAACUCCGGCAAACUCACUCUGUGUGACAGGAGGUGGUUUGUCACUGAUCAAGGAAGGCCUGAGGAUGCUCAGAGAUCUACUCUGGCAUUCUGGGGGUGGGGUGGGGGAAUCUCUUGAAGAAGUCUAGUCCUGAAUCUACAUGGCAGGCAUCUUGAAAGAUGUCAGUGGACAUGCCUAGCCUAAGUUGACUUGUGUGACACAUGCAGCAUGCUGUUCUGGUCAG